GUCUAGAAGAGGCUCCCUAUCCAAACACCCUCUUAGUUCUUAUUUUACAAAUUUAUAUAUAUGAUAGUCUAGAAGAGGCUCUCUGAGCCUCUCUCUCCAUUUGACGGGAUCCUGGUGGAGCUAGGAAAUCAUGGGGUCACGCCCAAAUACACAAACGCAUUUGUUUCUAGAUCUGCAUAUUAGUUUUCAGAUUUACAAAAUAUCCUGCCGUUACCCUGGAUAACACGAGGAUGGUGGCAAAGAAGUACAUUGGGUCGUGUUGCCAUUUCUGGUAACAAUAUCAGAGACACAUCAGACUUCUAUUCUGGUUUUGCGAAGAAAAACAAGGAUUCAAAGUUUCAACUAUGGGUGUCGAUGACAAAACUCACCAAGAAUGGUCCAUAUCCCUGCAUGCCUAUUCUGAUCUUACCAAUGUUUCUCCAGUAGUGUUCUUAUAUCUUCUGAAAGAAUGUUACGUUUAUGGCACAUGCAAAGCAACUGCAAAGUUUUUUGCCCUUCAGCAUCAGGUCCAUCAAGCUUUACACCAUGUGCCAAAACCUGGGCCCGCUGUGUUUGUUGCUCAUUGCCUCUCUUUGCUUCCAAUAUUCGAAUCACAUUGUGAAGGUUUUAGUCAUUUGAUGAUAGCUGCUCUUAGGCGUCGUUUGAAAAUGGGAACUACACAGGAAGAUUUACAUGAAGCAAAGUUGUUUGCUACUAAAUUGUUUAUAAUUGCUGUUCGUGGUGAUAAGAUUCAUGAUGACAGGAUACUUGUGAAAAUACUUGAAGUUUUCAACAUUAAAAUUACAGAUAUCAAAGAGGUUAUAUUUCAAUUUCACUCAGAUGUGAAGAAUGACAGGUUUGAAGAUAUAGCAGAUGUCUUCGUUGAGCAGUUUAUUUCUAAGCUGUUACAAUCUCAAUCAUACAUGGCAGCUGUCACUCUUCUAGAACAUCUCUCUAUUCGUCACUCUGGAGAGUCUUUUCUUCAUAUGAUGUUGGAAAAUAAAGAAUAUAGAGCAGCAGAAAAAUGGGCCACAUUUAUUGGGAAGCCAAUGAUUUGUGUACUCAUUAAGGGUUAUGUAGACAGGAAGAUGAUAAAACAAGCUUAUGAUUUGAUAAAGAAAAAUGAUCUGCGUGAAGAGUUUCCACAAGUAUAUCAAAUGGGUAAAGAAAGUACACUUAAGAAGCUAGCAGAAAAGGGAUGCUGGGAUAUAGCAGAGAUGAGGGCAAAAUCUGAUAGGCAACUUCUUGAAUAUUUGGUUUAUUUGGCAAUGGAAGCUGGUUACUCAGAGAAGGUAGAUGAACUUUGUGAUAAAUACUCCCUUGAAGGUUUCAUGAAGGGAAAAGAAGCUGAGGUAAGCCUUCCACAUAUUCGGUAUCUGCAUCUUGAUGAGCUGGCAAUCGAUAACAUUGUUUGGCCCAAUUAUGAAAAGGGAAGUAAAGCCAACAAGGUUUCCAUCAUGCAAAUAGCUUCUGAGAAGAUGGUCUUCAUCAUUGACUUGCUAAAAUUGUCUCAUGAUGCUCCUGAUGUUUUGGACAGCUGUCUAAUCCGCAUUUUUCAUUCACCUCGAAUUUUAAAGCUUGGUUAUAAUUUUCAAUGUGACAUGAAACAAUUGUCUCAAUCUUAUGAAGAUUUUGAUUGUUUUAAGCGCUUUGAAAUGCUUUUGGAUAUUCAAAACAUAUUCAAAGAGCCUCGUGGUGGCCUUUCGGGUCUUGCAAAGGAAAUAUUGGGUGUUGGUUUGAAUAAGACAAGAAGAAACAGUAAUUGGGAAGAGCGACCUUUAACCCAAAACCAGCUGGAAUAUGCUGCUCUUGAUGCUGCAGUUCUCAUUCGUAUAUUCUGGCAUGUUCGCAGCCAAUCACAAUCUAGUGAUGUUUCAAAUGAGCACAAUACCCAAAUGGAGUGGAAAUCCCACAUUAUUUCUCAUGUAGGUUACCUCACGAAGACCAAAAAGAAAGACAAGAGCAAGAAAGAUUGUAAUGUGGGGAUUAAAGAAUCUCAUCCAUCAAGUAAGAGUUAGGGGUAAAUAUGUAAUUGUUUUGCAAAGUGCAUGACAAAAAAAAAAGUAGCAGUUGAAGCCUAGAAACUAGAAAUGGUAUGGAAUUCGAAUGUGUACAUAAUGGGAUGAAAUUGAAUGGUGUUGGGUUUGACAAUGGUUAACGUUGGUAUUACUUUUAUACCAACUAAUUAAGGUUAAAAACAUGACUUUCUAUUAAGACUCUUGUUAUGUAUGAAUAGGGAGAAUGGGAUUGCUUUUCAAAACAACUUAUCGAACUUAUUGGCUUUUUGAAAAGCCAAUAAGUCAAAAAUAGUAUUUGGCAAUGUCAAAAGCACUUUUCAAAAUGACUUUUCCAUUAGUUAUAAAAAACCUUUAAAAAGGAGUUUUGAAAAACAUGUAAAACUUAGCUUUUUGAAACUCUUUUUAGUUUUU